AUGGAGUCCCUUCCUGUAGAGAUCCAACACGAUAUUCUGCUACGUCUGCCUCUUCAAUCGUUGUUUGCAUGCAGUCGCGUCUGGAGGAAACUAAAAACUGUUAUCUGUAAUGAAUAUUUCAAAAAUCGUUACUUGCUACGCUCCAUGACAAAACCCAUGGACCCAACUCCAGAUUCGUUUUUUGACACUGCUUGUCAAAAAGAGAAUCAUUUAGUAGAAUGGACGAGGUCUGCACCCACCCGAGGCGUGGUCUGCCUUCAAGCAUCAACUAGUUUUUUGCUAUGCAGUGCCAUUACCAACAAUGUUCUGCGUCUACCAGAUAUCAAAUGGCUUGGACUAACCCCCGAAAGGUUCUUUUUGGGAUACGAUGAAGCUACUAGUUCACUCAAAGUGUUAUGGCCAAGGAUUUAUUCUAACCCUAUAGUUUAUACGGUAAGCUUGGGUGGUGAAGGAUCUUGGAGAGAGAUAGCAUGUGAGACUUAUCAUAUGGCAAUCUUCUCUUGUGCACUGUGUAAAGGAGGAGUUUUAUACUACCCAGCUAAAGCCCUUCCUUUAUGUCUUGAAAAAUCUAUAGUCAUGUGCUUCAACGUGAAUUCUGAAACUUUUGAUUGUAAUCAAUUGCCUGAGGGAGUCAGCCUUCCUGAUGAUGCUCCAAUGGUGAACUAUAACGGGAAAGUUGCCUUGGUAGCGACCGAAUUGCAAAACACUGGAGAGUUUGAGAUUUGUGUUAGGAACGAAGUUUCAGGAGAAUGGGAGUUACAUCAACUUGUGAUUCCUGGAUGGAGAGACAAUGUUGGGAACGAUGUGAUGUUUUCUUUCGUAGGUACCAUUGGAACAGGAGAACUUGUUUUCACAGCACCAGACUCGUUGCAUGAUGGAUCAGAGUCUGUCUUGCAUUACAAUACAAACCCACCACAAGGAAAGAAGAAAUUCAAAAUGUUUAGCGUGGAAGCAGUGAAUGGAGGUUCGUAUCACUAUGUUCGAGCCUGCUUGGAUCAUUUCGAUUCUCUUUUCCGUACUAAUUAA